CAUUCGCAGGCCAGGCAAUCGAGCUGCAAACCACAGAAAGAUGCGAAGGGAAAUAAGGACCCAUUCCCACGAAACACUUAAUGAGACCCAGAACUCGGAAUAUUCCAGGAGCCAAAACAUACUUCUACUCAGUUCUAUGGGCAGAAGCGGUUCAAGCUUCCUGGGAGGACUCCUCAGUUCCCUCCCAGGGGUGUUUUACUACUUCGAACCUUUCUACAACUUCCAGCAAUGGGGGAUCCACACUCAGACCCUAGCCGUGGAGAGCUUGAAGGAGCUGUACCUGUGUAACUACACGGGGCCGGUGUUUAAGGCCGUCAGAGCCCGUGGCAGGAAGUCCUUCAGGCACCCGUAUUUCAAUUCCUGCCACGCAGGAGGGCCAUGUUUCGAUCCCGCCCGUCUCCAGAGGGUUUGUUCGAGGGAGCCCAUCCGCUUGGUGAAAACCAUCCGGACCAGAGUGUCGUGGCUUCCGCCUUUACUCCAGGACCCGGAUUUGAACCUGCGUGUGGUCCACAUCGUCCGGGAUCCCAGGGCCUCCGUCAUCUCGAACUGGAAAGCUGGCUGGAACGUCAGUCCCAAGAACCUUUGCAAUGGUCUGCUGAAUGACCUGGAGCACGGACCGCUUCUUAGGAAGACGAUACCAAACAGAUAUAUAGCCGUGAGAUACGAGGAUCUUUGCGCUGACCCGGAAACGAUAGCAAAGACUAUACUUCAAUUUUUAGGAUACAAGAUACUCCCGCCUUCGAUUGUUAGGUUCCUGAACAGAACUACGUCCAAAAAUGACUCUCUGAAGGAUACAUACAGCCUCCGGAGGAACUCCACAGAGCAGCAGCAGAAGUGGAGACAUUACAUCCACAACAAAGAACUGACUGAAAUCGAAAGCUCCUGUUCAGAUGCCAUCCGCCAUCUUGGGUUUAACCUAUUUGGAGACAUCCACAUAACGAGAAACCUAAGCUUCCCUCUUUUUAACGAUUCCAGCGUUAAUGCUCUGUUUUCUUAUGAAGAUUAUGUUGGUGUUUAAGAAUCGUGUAAAAAUUUUACAA